AGAAUAGAUAAAAAUUAGUUGGGUUACAAAAUGAAUAGAUUUUGAAACAAAAAUAGAUUUUUUAAAAAAGUCAAAUAGAACAUUUGCAGAAUGGCUAAAAGAAUUAGAAUAAUCUUAUUUAUUCAUUUAAUAUGGCCAACAAUAAUAUUUAUUCGCUGCGUAAAAAUAGGAGUAAUAUUGGAUAGAACGAACAAUCGAUUUAGUUUUGACAGAAUAGAAGAUGUAUUAGAAAUUGGACGUCUUGAGGUAAUAGACCGUUAUGGAAUACAUUUUGAUUUUAUUAAAAGAAUAUCGAACGUAUCUGAAUGUGGUAGCAAAGAAGUAAUUCUAAAAACUGCAGAAUUGUAUAAAAAACAUAAUAUAACGAUAUUUAUUGGACCUAGUUGCUCUGAUGAACUUUUUUAUACAGCUCCACUAAUAUCAGGAGCUGAUCUUCUUCAAAUUACAGCUGUAGGAUUAACUAUAGAUAGAUCUAUAGCAAAUAUAUAUGAAAAUACAAUAAGACUCUCGGGAAAUAUAAAAAUUAGCUCUUACCGUCAAUUUAUAACUAUUCUAUUAAAUAAAUACAAUUGGCAUAAAAUCAUUCUUUUAUACGAAACUACCAAUUCAGAAUUUAGAAUAAAAGCUGAAGAGAUCUUUGAAAAUCUAGAUUCGAAUGUUUCGUAUAACGUUACUCUUAUAAAGAUUAACUCUUUUGAUAAUAAUACAUUACAAGAUUUUAUGUUAAAUCUACAAACUAAAGGAAGGAUAUUUUUUCUAUUUUUCUCUUUUAAAAAUGAAGUAAAAUUUAUGAAAUUCGCUUAUAAAUCAAUGAUGACGUCAUCGUCGUAUGUGUACAUAGCUUUCCAUUCGGACGAUGAAAUUGAAGAAAUGGAUAUUUUUAACAAGGUUAAUUCUAAUGCAAAUGCUUUUAGGCAAUAUUUUUAUGUUAGAUAUCAAAAUCCAAAUAAUACUGUCUGGAAUAACUUUAAGAAGAUUGUAAGACACCAUAAACCAGAUUAUACAUUAUUUGAAAGGAAUAUUUGGCAGUUAUUAUAUUUAGAAAGUGUCCUUGUAUUAGGAUACGUUCUUGAUAGAUGCGAAGAUUGUCGUCUUUCAAAAAGAAUAAAAGGUUCAACCAUUUUGAAUUUACUAAGGGGAAGGAAGAUAUUUCUACAUGAUUUUAAUGAUAUAAAAUUUGACAAAAAUGUUGAUAAAUCGUUAGGUUUAGAAUUUAUGCAAUAUGAUGUAAUUAAGAAGAAAUAUAUUCCAUUAUUUAGUUAUAACACGAAUUUCGGAAAGCAUCAAUUUAUACCUGAUAUAAGUUGGAUAGCUGGCAGUAUACCAUUAGACGAACCUGAAUGUGGCUUUGGCAGAGAUUGCUCAUUUUCUAUUUUAGAAAAUUUUAGUAUUUACUUUAUAUUGCUGAUAGUCUUAUUGUUUUUAGUAAUACCCAUAAUUGUACGAACGAUAGUAUAUUAUAGGUUUAGGCUUGUUAGGGAAUCGGAAGAUAAUAGUUAUUUCAUAGAUUGGCUUCAAGUUCAAGCUGUUAACGAAUAUAAUGAAGAUACAAACUCAACAAAGUCUUCUUUAAACUCUUGUUCUAGAUCGCAAACUAGCAGCAAAAAAUUGGGAUACGAUUUGGACGAAGAUAAAAUUCUAUCCAUUUUCUCAACAGACUCUUUCAAACAGUCACAUACGGUUAUUUACAAGCAAAACAGAGUGUUUGUCAAACGCUUAGAAAACAUUGGUAUUACAUUUUCGAAAACUGUACAAGAAGAUCUUAAGGCUAGACGUCAGAUUGAUCAUAAUAACUUGAUCGAAUUUAUUUCAAUAUCGAUUCUAUCCAAUUAUGUGUUUCUUUUCGAAGAAUUUUGCUCAAGGGGUAACCUUCAAAAUCUUAUUUUGUCACAUGAUUUUGCCUUAGAGCAAUCAUUAAGAUAUGAACUAAUGAAAGAUAUUACUAAUGGCAUGAUUUAUUUGCAUAAAAGUCCAAUCAAAAUACACGGCUUUUUAACAUCAAAGAGUUGUGUAAUAAAUAGUAGAAUGAUAUUAAAAAUAACAGAUUUUGGUCUCAAUAGUCUGAGAGAAAUUGACGGUUACGAUCCACAUCCGUCAACGUUAUUAUGGACUGCACCAGAAGUCCUACGAGAACAUUCUGCAAUUAGUCAAGCGGCGGACGUAUAUAGUUUUGGUAUAAUUUUACAAGAACUAAUUUCGCAAAGUAAACCCUUUUACGAGCAAUUCCCUCCUGAGACAAUUGUUGAAUUAGUAAAAAGUUCUUCAGAGGUUUCAUAUAGACCAAAAUGUGCGGUCAUAUGUCCUCAAGAUUUGUUUACUCUAAUGACUAAUUGUUGGAAUGAAGAUUACGAUAUCAGACCCAAUUUUCAGGUAGCUAAGGAUAUUUUAAAUAGUAUAGAGAUAUCGAAAAAGACGUAUAUCGAUAAUCUUAUGGCCAGAUUGCAAAUGUAUGCAAAAAAUUUAGAAAUAUUAGUGGAAGAGAGAAUGGAAGAGGUUAAAGGAGAGAAAGAUAGAUCAGAUGAAAUUUUGCAUAUGAUGCUGCCUAAAUCGAUUGCUAGAGAUUUGAAAAAUGGUAAAAGAGUCCGUCCAGCAAAGUACGAUUGCGUUACAAUAUUAUUUAGCGAUAUUGUUGGUUUUACUGAAUUAUGUGCGAAAUCAACACCAUUCGAUGUUUUAGAAUUUCUUAAUUCAUUAUAUGAAUCAUUUGAUGCUAUAUUAGAUCAGAGAGACGUUUUUAAAGUAGCAACAAUCGGAGACGCCUUUAUGGUUGCUUCAGGUCUACCUAUUCGAAACGGCAGUACGCACGCAAUUGAAAUUGCUUAUACGGCUUUACUCUUUAUCUCUUCAACGAAAGGGAUUAAUUAAAGAAUUGCUAAACGCCAAUAAUAAUUGACAUUUGAGAGGUUAUUUUCUUUAAUUAAUUCCUCGAAUUCUUUUUAUAUUUUGAAAAGGAUUUAAAUUAAAUCAUAUGCCCGAUUACAAACUCCUCGUCAGAAUUGGUAUUCAUUCAGGACCAUGCGUUGCUGGCGUUGUUGGCCAGAUAAUGCCUAGAUAUUGCGUUUUCGGAGAAACUGUAAACAUUGCCAAUGAAAUGGAGAGCUUGAGUAAACCAAUGAAAAUUCAAUUAAGCGAGAAUACUGAAUCAUUUUUGCGUAAUCGUCAAGAGUUUGUCCUCAUUCCGAGAGGAAAAAUACAAUUAAAAAAGAAAAAAGCCCAAAUAAAUACGUUUUUUCUAGAAAAUGCCGCCUCACCAAAACAGUCACUACCUUGCUAAAAUGCAAAUGAAAAAGAUACAAUCUAUGCGAAGCAUUUAACUUAAUUAUAGAUGAAUAUUUAUACUGUUUAAAUUAGUUAAUUACAAUAAGAUAAUUACUAUUAUAUUUGAAUUAUUUGAAUAUUUAAUGAAACAUUUACCUUCAAGUAUAUAUUUACAUCAAGUUAUAUAUAAAUGGUUUCUAUAAUUUUCUAAUAUUUCAUUAUUAACGAGAUACGAUAGAAAACAAGUAAAAAAACUGAUAGGAGAAAUAGAAAGGAAUAACAGAGGGGUAAAGGAGACUUGGAGAGGAGGGAAAAAGCUUACAUUCGAGUAUUUUUACACAACAAAUGUAAUAGAAAUGGAGGAAAACGGUUUUUCUUUUAUACUUAAAAAUGAAAAAUGAUUAGAAUGAAUAGCUUUUCAUAGAUUUGCCAUUCAAAAAUGAGUUAUGUCUUACAAGUGUUAUACUGUUUGUAAGGAAAAAAUAUAGGAAAGGAAUGCUUGCAAAUCUUUUCAUUUCUCUUGAUUUCUCAUGCUCCUUCUGUUUUCUUUAUUCUUUUCUCUUUUUGUAGUUUUUUAUUAAUGUUUCUUUUUUUUUCUAUUGAAAAGAUUCCUGUAAUGAAGUAAGGGCGUUUGGCGGUGUUGAUAUUCUAUUUAUAUCGUUCCUCUUCCUACGUUCAAACAUUUUUUUAAUUGCUUUUCGAAAAGCGGGAAAUUUUGCUGCGAAGAGGAAAGGAUUGAGACUAGAAUUGAAGACGAACAGGUUCUGGAAUGCCCUUGACACCCAAGGUGGAACGUCGUUCAGUUGAGGAUCUAUUAAAUAGUGAAGAUUUAAAGGUAACCAACAAAUGAGAAAAGCCAAGAAGAGGAGAGAUAGACGUUGACAAGCCUUUAUAAACCUUCUCCUGGAUGUUGAUCCGCGAUUGGCCAUUCGUACUUGAACAUUUGAAUAUAUUAUAUAAUAACAAACACCCGUUGCUACUAUAGGCAAGACGAGAAAACAAAUAGUUGUAUAUGAAGCAUAAAAAAACCAGUGGCUCUUCUUACUCUUCCAAUAUGAUGGAGUGCAAUAGGCAUAUAUCGAAUUGAAAGUAAUGUAAACAAAGCCCCCUAAUGGAGGCAAGAUUACUACGAAGAAGACGAUGAACCAAAUAAACAAUAAUAUCAAGUAGGUUAUCUUUGUGGAGGUGAUAUCUACACCGCAAAUGCUAUGUUUGUGAGACUUUGCCAAAGCGCAUCUAUUGACGGCAAUUGCAAGGUUAGUUAGAACACUUACACCGGCGUUUUGUCCCUGUAUAAGCGAUGUGACCUCGCAGCUGAAUAUCGAGAGUCUCCAAGCUCGGAAGAGGAAGGCAUGAAUUAGUAGAGGGCAAACAAUUAUACAUACAAGACCAUCAAUCACAGCCAAAUUUACUACCAAAAGGUGACAACGUUUUCGUAAGGCUGGUGUCACCACCGCCACUGCUAUUAUAACGACAUUGGUGAGUCCGCCAAUUAAACCAAUAAAGGUGAGUAUAGUUAUAACUAUCCAACGUUCCGGUUCGGAAAGUUGUUCAAUUUGUAGCGAACUGUUCAUCUGAUAGCAAUCUUUUAUUCUUUUCUCUAGUUUUCGUGCAACCCCUUAAAUUUUACUUUCAAUUCUUUUUAUUAUCCUCUAAAGCUUCUAUUCUGUAUUCAUAAAUACAAAAAAAAGCUUUUUAAUCUUUUUUGUCGAAAUUCUUAUUCCUUUGUUUUCUCCUUAAUAAGGCUUCCUCAUUUACGGAUGAUAAGAAGAAAUGUUCUUUUUUUUAACGACCUUCUUUUCCGUUUCCCUGGAUAUUAUCGAAUAUUAAUUGCGAUGUAAAUAUUAUAAAUGUCGUUAGAAAGCAAAUUUUUUAUCAAAUGCAGUAUAUAUGUAUGAUUAAUAGCAUUGUUCUAAAUUACACUUAUUUUUAACGUAGGCCUGGAUAUUUUUGCUGUGUGUAUACUGUAUAUGUAAACAAUAAAACAAUGCUUGUUUUAUUUGUAAAUAACUCUAGAUGAAAUAGGAAGAAAAUAGAAGAAAGUUAUAUAAAAAACACAGAGAAAUAUAUAAAUUUAUUAAUAUAAACGCUUAAUUUUCGGUUGCAGAAAAGUGUUUACGUUAUCUCCAUCAGUUGAAAAUGGUACUUUUGCAUUUGUUUGUAUAUUUUCCAUACAAUUACUAUAUUUUAUAUGUUUUUUUUAUUA